UUGUCCUUCUUUCUCAGAAAAAAAAUUUAUUCCCUUUUUUUCCCCUGAUUUCUAGUAAUAUCUAUUGCAAUCGAUCUUCAGUUCCAGAAUCGAAGAGAACGAUGUUCGAGCCACAGCAUUUCGUGGAUUUGCAGGAAAAUUCAGGUUUUGGGGAUCAGAAUUCAUGGUUGUCGGGGGAGGUUGACUCGUCGCCGACUAACCGUCGAAUUCAGUCUUCACUCUCUAACUCCGCCGCGAACGGCAAUGUGGAUCGCGUCCUUUAUAACGAUCUAGUCGAGAUGAUCCCUCUUGUUCAGUCUCUCAUCGAACGGAAAGCUAGCAGUUCCUUUACUCGGCGAGGUUCUAUAAUCUACACCAAGACGCCUUCAAGGGAAUCCUUAUCCCGAAAAGCAACUGAUCCAAGAGGGAGGAAUGCCACUCAGUCUAUUCCUCUUAAAAAGAAAAAAGACCAUGCAGACUGGGACCAAGAUAAAAAUAUAAGCAAUAACCAAGAUGGUGACAGCUUCUCAAUCUUUUCCUCAAGGGCUUUGGCAACAGAGAAGGAAAAUGAAGAGUUAGCUGCAUUAAGGGAACAAUUGGAAAAUUUGCAAAGGAAGUUGGUGGAAAAAGAUGAGCUUUUGACAUCAGCAGAGAUUUCAAAGAUUGAGAUGAAUGAUAUUCAUUUCAAAUUUGAUGAAUUGAAAUGCCAGGCUGCAGAAAAGGACUCUUUAGUGAAGUCAAUUCAGUUACAACUCUCUGAUGCUAAGAUUAAGCUUGCAGACAAACAGGCUGCCUUGGAGAAGCUGCAAUGGGAAGCAAUGACAUCCAAUGAGAAAGUAGAGAAACUCCAAGAGGAGUUAGAAUCCAUGCAAGGAGAAUUUUCAUCAGUUAUGCAUAUAUUUGGAGAGUUGUCAAUGAGUCAUUCCAAUACACAUGCUCAAGAUUAUGAUGUUGCUCCAUAUCAUUUGGAUCAUCUUCCAUACAUUGAUGACAUUGAUGAGAUGGAGAUACAGAAAAUGGAGAAAGCAAGACAAGUUUACAUUGCUGCUGUUGCUGCUGCAAAAGAGAAGCAAGAUGAAGAAUCUCUUGCAGUUGCUGCCAGUGCGAGGUUGUAUCUGCAAUCCUUUCUUUUCACAUCCCAUGGUCAAAACGAUGAAAGCAUUGGGAUUUGAUAAGCGGUUUUUGAAGUGUUGCACUGUUGCAGUCCGGCUCCUUCAUGUAUUGAUAUAUAGGUUCCGCACUGUAUUAGCUGCUGUAACUUAUCCACUCCCUUCCCAACUUGGUCUCAUACCCUUUUUUCAUUGUAGUUGCCUGGUUCUGUGGCAUCUUCUUCUCAAGGUCAUCUCCCAUAAUUCCAUUGUUUAUACGGAUUUUGUUUUAAUAUGUUUGGUAAAGUCAAGCACAUUCAAAUGCGUGUUGUAUGUAAAUGAACGAAAUUUCCACUCUGUAGAAUCUACAUUCAAAUGUGUGGUUGUUCUUUGAAAAUUUAGCCAACACCAAGCAGUGAGCUUUGCUUCCUCAUUAGAUACCCUGGAUAUGCUUCAGAC